AUGGUAAUUGUGGGAAGAAUUGCUUUACGCAUGGCAGUCAGGUUACUUGCAACAUACAAUAGUCUUACCGAUAAACACCUGGUUGGAUAUUUUAACAAUACGAGGAUAAGGCGGCAUCUCUUAAGAUCUGGAUUGAUCACAAGAAGUGGAAGAAUACUUUCUGAAAAAGAAUAUAAACUAAAUAUCAUGAAGCGGGAUCACCAGAAAUAUGUCCGGGAGUGCUUGGCUCAGGCAAUUUUCCAUAAGGUUCUUGAUAUGGAGCGUUACCACCAACUUGAAAUAAAAAAGAAACUGGAGAAUUUAGCAAGGAAGGAGAGAAUCCAGAGAUUUAAGGGAGAGCACACAGGAUGGUCUAUGGACGAUAACAUACCAGUACUAUCUCCUCAUCCCCCAAUUGGCCCAAAGACAAAACGUGGCCAGAGUGUUCUUACUGAAGGACAUUCUAGUCCAUUAACACUGGCAGCUCCUCGACCAUAUACUGCCCCGGAAAAUAUACAGCCUCCAAUUCGAUUACAGCCUCUUCCCAGUAAUCCUGCAGUAGGAAUUGCAGGAUCCAAAUCAAAAACCUCAGUGCUGGAAAAUGAAGCUCCACUUUCCAUCGGGGGCAAGAAGGCAAUGAUGAAGCACAGGAACUUCACGGACAAUUCACAUGAAAUGAAUUCAUAUCUACUUCCAAACAUUAAUAAUUACCUGGUGCCUAGUCCUCCUCCAUCGCUUCCUCAUGGAAGAAAAACCACAAGGGAAAAUAAACCUGAAACAUGGAGAAGAAGACAAUUGCGUCCAACCACAGCUCCAAAUGACAUUGAGCCAAACAUUAAUGCUAAAGGGGAACCAAAAAGGAUCCAUAAAACACCUCUACAUACUAAUGCAACUAUUACAAUGAUGUACUAUGGAAAAAACGUACGUCUAUCUUACUAUGAUCACCCAGACUUUCGGGAUGAAAUAAAAGUUUAUCAACAGCACUGUGGUGGAGAAAACCUUUGUGUAUACAAAGGCAGACUUCUUGAAAAAGAGACAUUUCAAUUUGUUUCCAAAAGGCACCAUGGUUUCCCCUUCAGCCUCACCUUUUUCCUGAACGGAAUUCAAGUGAAUAGAAUAAGCUCCUGCUGUGAAUUUAAACAUCGAAAAGGUUCCAGACUUGGAGGCAAACGAGGCUACUUUGGGUUUGUGGGUGUCGAGAAAUCAUCUCCUUGUUACAAGUGCAUUAUUGCAAUGGGGCUUGACAAAAAGGCAACUCCACUAAAACCUAGAAAAGAAAAGAGUGUUGAGAAAAGAGAAGACCUGAAGAAAAGUGAGCGAAAACUGAAGAAGGCUAAAGAGAUCAUGAAGUCAAGAAAGAGCGAGGUUGAGGGGAGUAGAAAUGCUCCUCCUGUCAUUUAUUCAGCUCAUGGAGAAACAUCAGGGAUUAGAGAAGUGAGAACUGCUGUGGAAGAAUUGGAAUACAAAGGAAAACCAGGACAAAAUAUUUGGGAAGAUGAACAGGAACAUAUAUUUAAAUAUGAUUAUGAAGAAGAUUUUGAACUUGAAGAGAAACAAGAUGUGAAAACUAAUAGAGAAAGACGAACCAGUGAUCAAAGAAAUGGAAUGUCAAAGUCACCCUCAGAUGAUGAAAAAGAUCAUUUAGAUACUGAAAAGGAAAGUGAAACCUCAUCACAGAAAGCAUCAGAUGUAAAUGACAACAGGAAACAUGAAGAUGAUGAAUGCUCUGACAGUGAACUGGAUGAGAAUAAACAAGAUAUAAAAACUGUUUCAUCAGCUUCAUCCAGAAGUCACCCAUAUUCUAGCUGCAGUGAUGGUGAAUCUAUCCUGGGGGAAGAAGUUCGUGAUGAUAACAUUUCAAAUGGAAGUUUGUCUUCUCAGGAGCGGAAUAAAAAUGAUGAGCCAGAAAAAAAUCACCUUUCAAAUGAGGAUACACUAAAAAUUGAAGACAAAGAAAUAGUACAAUCUGAUCUGGAUACUACACCUCAGAUAAUUGAGGAAAACCUGGAAAAUAUUCUUGAUGAAGAAACUGAGAUAAUAAUCCAAGUCAGUGAAGAUGUUUUAUCUGAAAAGUCUGGGGGACAUGUGUCAAAGGAAGAUAAGGAAAACAGUAAGCUUUGGAAAGACAACCCUGCUAAGGCAAAGGACAAAAAGGCAGGUCCCAAUGGGGUGGAGAAAGGUGUUGAACAGAUAAUAUCUGAAACCUUGGAAUCUGACUGCCAUAGCUACUAUGAUGCUGAGUAUGAUGUUGGCAGCACAGAUGUCGAAAAGAAUAACUCAAUGAAGCCAGAGAAUGACACAGGUUCAGCACCAAAUAGGAAUUUAGUGGUGGAAGAAAGGGCAGCACUCUGUUCAAACAAGGAAUCAAAGCAGGUUGCAUCAGAAAUCUGUAUACUAGAGAAGAAAGAAGCAGUGCAGGAAAAUGAAGUCACCCAGCACAUGGCUGCUGACAUAAUAGAGGAAAAAGCAAAUACAGCACAGUGGGAAAAAACAGAAGUUAAUGAAACUCCAUUGGGAGAAUGGAAGCCAAGCCUAGAGAAUUCAGCCUUAGCAGAAGAGGAAGGAGAGAUUCUUCAUGUCUUAGCUUCUAAGGCAGAAACAGGAGGGGCGAGAGAUCUAUAUAAAGAUGUACUAAGCCCAAAGGAGAAAGACUCUGGAGGUUUAAAAGAAGAUGAGGUUCCUGAACAAUUGGACUUGAUGCAAGCAGUGGUGGAGACAGAGGCAGUGAUAUCUGAAGAGGAACAGGGUUCAGAAAAGCCAGUUUUGGCAAACAAGGUGGCAGUUCAGAGCUCAGAGACUUUUGAGAAGGAAAGGGCAUCACAAGAGGUAGAAGUCAUGGAGAUGAGAGACGCUGACAAAGGGAAGGCUCUGAGUGAGCCUGAAAAACCAGAUGAGGUAUAUAGUGUAGAGGAAUCAAUCACAGAUCGAGAGGAGAAGGAAGCCAAGGGAGACACUGUGUCCUGGACAGGGGUUGCUUCAGAAGAGGCAAAACUGGAGAGUGGAGAGGAAUCAGCUCAAGAGAAGGAAGUUACUGGAAGGGAAACACUUUUGAGUACUUCAUCUUCUGAAAAUAAACAAGAAACUUCUAUGGGGAGUUUGGAAGAAAGCAAUGAAGAGCUUUAUAAGGAAGAGGUGGCACAGGAGGAAGCUGAGAAGGAGGCAGAGACUUACAGGGAAGAUGAUAGGAAAGAAAUGUUACCUGAGGAAUUAGAUGUAGGAAGAGAUAGGGCGAAAAUUGAGAGGCCAGACACACCUGCAGGGGAAACUGAAUCUGAGAGAGAAGAGGUGACAAGGGCAAGUGGGCAUGAAGAUGAGGACACUGUAGGAGAAGAGCAAAAGUUUAAAGGGGAAGAGGAGAGAACAAUGAAGGAAGGAAGACUGGAGGAAGAAACACAAGUCUCCUCCAGUAAAAUAGAAUCUGAGGCACCAAUAGAGCAGUUACAAUCGACUGAAGGUGUAGAAAACUCACUGAAUGAGGGAGAGGUGAAAAUGUUAGAAGCUGAUCCUGGGUUUGAAAUAUCACUGGAAAAUGCAACAGCUCUCAGGGGAGAAGAAGGAGAAGGACUAAUAGAAAACAAUGACACAGAGUACCAAGACAGGGCAGAUGUGUUUCUUGGGGUGAAUGUGUCUCCUCCAAAGCAAGAAGAGGGUCUAGGUUUGGAGGGAGAAGGUGUGUCAGAUGCUCCUGAAAGUGAGCCAGCAGAAAAGAUAAAAACACCUGAGGGAACUGUCACUGCCACAGAUGAGGGACAGGAGUUCACAGCUCCCGGUCAAGAUGGCUUUUCUGGGAGAGACAUAGAAGGGGAUUUACUGGGGACACAAUUAGUAGAAGUCAUGACAACAACCCUAGAAGAUGUGCCUGAGGAAUAUUCCAUGAUGGUAAUAAAGUCAAGUGCAGAAGUGGUAGAUGAAACCCAGGAGGAGGGGGCAGAUGAAAUGGGCAGAUUGGAGGCAGCAGAGGUGAAGAAAGAAAAUGUGGACAAAGAUGGAAACUUCAUAGAAGGAGUGGUUGUGACUGAGGAAGAUCAAGGAGGAAAAGGAGAGGCAUUGACUGAAACGGCCAUAGAAAAGAGGGAGGUAUCGGCAGAUUCAAAGUCAGCUGAGAAUAAAACAGAAGCAAACAAAGUCUCCUUUUCAGAUGUUGCUGAAGAAGAAACUUGGGAUACAGUAGGUAAUAUAGCAGCUGCAGAGAAAGUUGCAGAGGAAGAAAUAUCCCUGAGUGGGGAAGUGGCUUCAUUGGUGGAGAAGGUGCCAGUGACGUGGGCUCUCGAUGGUGGGGUAGGGACUCUAGAAGAAUCUUCAAAUGUGGAAAGAAAUUUCCCACCGUUAACACAAGAUUCAAAGGGACAAGAAUUGGAAUUCAGUCAAGGUGCAGCAUCAGCAGAAAGAGAGUCUGGGCCAGUUUGCCCUGAUGGGCAGGAAGGUUUAGGAGCAGCUAUUGAAUUUAGGUUAGGACUAUCUGAAGAGAGAGAGUCAGAUCUCAGUAAGAGUCUACAAGAUGAGGAGACUCUUACAAAAUCCAACUUCGCUGGAUUCCCAGAGAAGACAGAGUAUACGCAUCAUAAAGAAAGUGAUACCACAGAAGUUUCUCUCGACAACACCAUGACUUGAGUUUUUAGCAGCCGAUGGUGAGUUUAAGCCUGAUCUGUUUGUCCAUUAA